AUGAAAAAUGCUCUCUGCUUUUAUUUCUGAGGGUUGGGGCUGCUCAUCUCUUUGAACUGUCAUUAGCAAAAGGCUCUAUAACUCCCUCUACCUUGGCACCUUUCAUGCCUGUGUUAUCCGCCCCUUGUAGCAAGUGUGGAGUUUUCAUUUUUUAGAGAUCUCCAGACUUGGUAAUAACAAGUUCACUGGGCCUCAGCUCUGCCCAGGAGGGACUAAUUGCAAAGUAAAUCCCAGGCCAUAAAAAGGAAUUGAUGAAAAAGCACCAUCUUUAAUCCUUUCUUUGGCUUCAGCCACUUGUUAUUAAAAAGGUGUAUUUGAAUCAACUAAAGAUGAACAGCUUUAGUUCAUUUGUCUUUCUUGGCUUAAAAAAAAAAUGGUAGGAAGGAAAAGGAUCUUAGGGUAAAACACUCAAGUUAUUCAGUAAUUUUAUAAGUCUUUAUUUUUCUUUGACCAUGAAAUCAGCCCUAGGGUGCUUUUUAAAGUAGGGAAGUUUUGUUAAAUCUCCAAGGAUAGAAGGAAAACACUACAACAUUAUAUAUAAAUGCAAAAUUAAGACUGUGAGGUAGAUUUUAUGAUAUUUUUUCAAAACCUAAUCUAGAUACCUAUUUUAAUAUUGUGACAUUUGCAUCCCUUCUCAGUUUAUUAACAAUAGGAGAGAUUUAUUUAAGACAUAGCAGAGACAAUGAUUCUCAAACGAAUACUCCUAGAUGUAUUUUGUCUUGCACAAUUACUGUUAAGAUUUUUCAGUUUAGGAUUUGGAAGAAAUAAUACCUUUCAGAAAAACAUAUUUUUUAAAUGCUGAAAAACUGGCAACCCAGAUAGAACAUGCCCCACAUACAUACAUUUCACAUUUAUGAUAGAAUAGUGAAGAGAUAUUACAACAUUCAUAUAAAACCUACAUUUAGGGUGACUUAGAGUGCUAGUUAAAACUGCUUAAGGAAAAUUUUAAUGGGAGUCAAGAACCAGGAGCCUCAGGUGAAUUCUCAGUGCUGGUACGUGACCAGCUGCGUGAACCUGAGCAAAUCAGUAUCUUCUCUUGUCACAAAAAAGGGAUGCGGAGGUAAAGUAGAGUUGCUCCAACAGCAUUAAGAUGAAGAUUCAGUGAAGUUUUGGACACUUACUGCUGUUUCAGCUGACUUGCAUCUUUGCACCCUUUCGGCUCUAAGAGCCAAUGGGAGCUAUAGGGGAAGGCAAGUGAUCCUCUCUCCUGCCGUGGCAGCUGGGGCAGUAUGUACGUUACAUACACUAGGCCAUUAAAGACUGUUACCUGGGACUUUGAGCAUUAGGCAGCAAUAGAAAUGGGACAGUCAAUAAUUUUAAGGUUAUGGAGAAAAAAAGAGAGUCCAGUGACGACGGAACAGCCAGGUAUUCACAGUUGCCUUUCAGCAAGGCUGUUUAGGUGGCUUAAUCUCCUGGGCGAUGUUCUCAACUAACUAACCACUAAGUUUCUGCCUCUUGUUGUGUUUCUAGUGUCUUUCUAAUAAAUCUUUCUUUUUCUGAUUAAGUUCAUUUCUGUCUUGUUAUUUUGUUGCUCUGGUGGUCGUUAUUCAGGUUUGCACAAUUUUUAAAUUGCUAAAACCAGAAAUUGCCAGAGAGAUUGGCUCACUGGGACAAAGAUUCAGAUCCAUGCAGACAAUGCCAAGUGCUCCUGUAAAUCUCUUGCAAGAUUGUGGUAUGAUUUAAAUAAGAUGUUGCAUAUUGGAGUGCUGUGGGUCCUUGAAAGUUCGAUGCAUGUAUAAUUGUUAUUCCUGGAGGUUGUAAUGAGUGGAAUAUCGAUGGGAUUAAUAUGGCUGUGGGUACACUGGAAUUCAGAGUGUCAAAGGCCACUGGAUUUGGUAAUGGUUCUGGUCCUUGUAGUGGAGAAUCCAUUUUCCUUUUGCUGAUAUCUAUGUAGCAGGUAAAACGCCUUUUAGAUCAUAGAUAUUUUGGACUGUGCUUAUUUUUAGUGUACCUAAGAUCUCUAUAGGUAUAGGACAUUAAAGCAGAUGGAGUAUGGUAUGUAGUAGGUUUGCAAAUGAAGGAGACUAAUCGUACUUCCGCUGUAGAGCAGGCACUGUAAUCUGUUUUUUUCUCGUUUGAUGUUACUUCCUCUUAUUUUAUAGACGAGGAAAUCCUCAUGAGAGGAAGUCUUAGUACCUUGUCAAGUAUCAAUUAACUAUUAUAAGGGAGAUUGAACAUUCACAUCCAGGGCUUUUAUAUUUCAAAACCCUGGUUCUUUCCAUUAUAGCAUGCUAGGAUCAUGAGAAAAUAAAGAAGUGGAAGAAAGACCAGAGAAAGGAGUAGGAAUUGCCUAGGAAAAUAAACAACCAUCAGGUUCCAGAGAGAGGUUAUUAGAAAUCUAGAGUUCAGACAAAGAAUCAUAAAAUUGCAAGAUUAGAAUGGACCUUAGAGAAGUAGAGCUCACCACCCUCUCCAGCUCAUCUCUCUCUCCAACAUCUCCAAGUGGUCACCCAGCCACUUCCCGCUACAAUGAUGGGGAGUGUCUUACUGCAGAAGACAAUCUGUUCCAUCUGUGUUUAGCUCUGGCCACAAGGAAAUUAUUCCCUUUGAACCCCAGGAUUUCCUUUGGCUCCAAGUUUACAAAGCAAUAAUUAGCACUUUGAGUUGGGAAAGCUAGGCAGCAAAGUGGUUAUGAACCCCAGCUCUAGAAUACAAUUGCCUUCCUUUGAACUUGAAAUGGCCUUUCUCAGCUUAUCAGCUGUGUCCUUUUCUCAUCCGAACAUGGUGGCCACCUCACAGUGUUGAUAUGAGAGUCAGAUGAGGUAAAGCAUUUUUGGCAUAGUCACUGUCAUGUAUAGUAAGACUUUUUAAUAAGGUUUUAUAUAUAAAGUCUGAUUGUUAUUAUUUUCCAUAACUCUACGAGGUAGAAAUUAUUAUUCACACUUUCUAGAUCUUAGAAACUGAGGGACCUGACUGAUGGUCACAGAAAAAGCAAGCAGGGCUGGGCAUGGUGGCUCAAGCCCGUAAUCCCAGCGCUUUGGGAGGCCAAGGCGGGUGGAUCACCUGAGGUCAGGAGUUUGAUACUAGCCCAGCCAACAUGGUGAAACCCUGUCUCUACAAAAAAUAGAAAAAUUAGCUGGUCAUGGUGGUGCACACCAUAGUGGAGCUGAGAUCGCACCACUGCACUCCAGCCUGGGUGACACAGUGAGACUGUCAAAAACAAAACAAAACAAAACAAAAAAAACCAGAAGCCCCCUGGAGUUCAAGGGCAAAUGAUUCAACUUCUGCUCUUCCCCUUUUAACACUUCCUGCUGUUCCUCCUUUACUUUGAAUGGAGAGAGGCUACUGCCUGCCAACUGGAGUAACUAAGACAAAAUAACAGUCUGCAGGUGUGGCUAGGGACACGCACAUCCCUGCCAAUUUCAGGCUAAAUUCAACAUUUCCACUCUUCAAGUUGCUGUACCUUCCUCUUUUCUUUCUCCUAAAGAGGGAUUUUCAUUUGAAACUGUUAUUUCCGUCAUUUGUAUUCUCCGCUCAUCAGCACAUGGAUUAGUUGUAACUUCAUGUAGUUGUUUUGAAUAGCUGAUACAAAAAGUCUUUUGGGGGAGUAGAACUUUGUUUUUCAGUAUAUACAUGUAAGCUUGGUAUGUGGUUAAGUUUUUUCUGCCACCAUUUAAGUGACUUCUGGACCCUUUCAUGAUCAGGUAAGAUAUACUUUAUAUUAGUGAAUGUUAAUCUCUGACCUCUGGAUAUUUUUACACAAGUUCAUGCCAGAGGCACAAAUUUCCAUCCUUGUUCUAUUUUUCCAUUCUCCAUUUCUAUUGUUACAUUCUGACAGCCUGCCACCGGAGUCCAAAUCUUGAUUCUGUUGCAAGCUGGGUUACCUUGAGUAACCCACAUUAAUUUCUAGCCCAAGAUUAUCCAUCUGCAAAUUUACAGCAAUAUUUCUAUGUUCAUCUGGGUCAUUCUAAGUCAGGUUUUCCCAACCUUAACACAGAUGACAUGUGACGGUGGCAGGGGAGGGGGCUGUCCUGUGCACUUUAGGAUGUUUAACAACCUCUCUGGCCUCUACCCACUAGACGCCAGCAGUAACUUCCUCCAAGCUGUGACAAUCAAAAAUGUCAAGUGUCCCCUGGGGGCUAACUCAUCCCCGAUUGAGAAAUACUGUUCUAAGGUGAAACACUGUUUCAUGUUGAAGGGCUGCUGUAAGCCAUAGAGCUAUAAGAUAACUACUAGAUAUUUUAUUAAAUAUCUGCUUUACGUAAAGCACUGUGCGAAUGCUAUGGAGAAAAGGAGGAAGUAAUCAUGUAUAAGGGUAUCCUUGCUUCCCAGCAGCUAUGGUGGGGGGAAGUGAUACAGGUAGAAUUUGAUAAAUCUGUAAGAUUCAGGAGGUAUUUCAAACACAAGGCAUUUGACAUUUGAGUUGCAUCUUGCCAGGAAUGGUAGCCAUGAAAAGGACUCAAAGGAAAGGGUGCUUGCUUUCUAGUUUUUUAAUGGGCUGGCAGUCAGAAAAUGGAAAUGAGUGAAGUAGGCCUUGAAUGCCUGUGACACAACUGGAGAUGGUAGGAGCCACCUAAGAGAAACAGUUGCUGUUCAAUGGAAGCCACUUGUUGGCAGCAGGAAUGUUAGUCUGGAGAUGCCACAUCUACUAGUUUUUCUAAAGAUGUUGGAAAUCCAGAUUUUUAUAAGAUGUAAAAUUUCCUGAAUUUUAAACAUUAGCUCAAUUUAAAACAACAACAUGUGUGAGUCAAACAAAACACCUGUGCAGGUUAAAUUAGGUUGCCAGUUUGCAGUUUCUGUUCCAGAUAAUCUUUUUAGGAGGGAUUCUCUAAUCCUGUCUCUUAAAAAACAAUUGGAGGAAAAGUUAAAUUGAUAUGUUCCUUCAUACUUUAUACAAUUCAUUUCCAUCCAUGUUUUACUUUCUCUGUUUGAACCUUAGCUAUCAAGAUAAAGUUUAGAUCUGAAGUGUUGCUCUAAAUAAAAUAACAUUUUGGAAACUGUGAACAUCCCUCAGUUAAGAAUUCUCCAGGGUCUUCAGCUAAAAGUGAAACCUGGAAUGGUUGCCAGCGAAUGCUUUUUGUGGCCUUGGAAAUUCAGAGUGAUUUAUCACUUGUUGGUAAUAACUGGAGGCCUCUAUAUACAAGAAGGGAGUUAAAGGUAAAGAGGCCAAAAAUAACAAGUCUAACCAUAUGGCUUUUUUCAAGAGGUGUCCAUAUGGCUAUCUAGUUAAAAAGGACUCUUGCCAGCUUGACUGUGAGUUUUCUUUUUUGUAGCUUGAUAUAAACGUCUUUUAGCUUUAACAUUGUAGGAAGGAAUUCCUAGGUUUCACUUCUAGGUUUUGAAAAACUGAACUGGGCAGUGGGGGAGGAAUGUAGUUGUAGGCAGCUGAGCUAGAUGCAUAGUUGACCAUAGGAUCAUUGGUAUUUACCACAGCAGCAAAGCUAUGUGAUAACUCCUAUUUAUAUUCUUUUUAGUCUCCAGCAGUAGUUCAGCUUUUUAUGAUGGUGUCAGAGUUCCAAGUCUGACAGUCUAGCUCAGUGUGCCUUCUUGUUCUCAAGAAUGGAACAUGCAAUACUUUGUCAAAUGCGUUGGUGAAAUCAAGCGGAUAUUCAACUCCUUUGUUUACACUGAGAAAAUCUCAAAUGGAGAAAGUGAAGUACAGCAGCUAGCCAAAAAAAUCCGAGAGAAGUUCAACCGUUACUUGGAUGUGGUCAAUCGGAACAAGCAAGUUGUAGAAGCAUCCUAUACGGCUCACCUAACCUCUCCCCUAACUGCGAUUCAAGACUGCUGUACUAUCCCACCUUCCAUGAUGGAAUUCGAUGGGAACUUUAAUACCAAUGUGUCUAGAACAAUUAGUUGUGAUCGACUUUCUACUACUGUUAAUAGCCGGGCCUUCAAUCCAGGACGAGACUUAAAUUCAGUUCUUGCAGACAACCUGAAAUCCAACCCUGGAAUUAAGUGGCAAUAUUUCAGUUCAGAAGAAGGAAUUUUCACUGUUUUCCCAGCACACAAGUUCCGGUGUAAGGGCAGCUACGAACACCGCAGUAGACCCAUCUACGUCUCUACAGUCCGGCCGCAGUCAAAGCACAUAGUAGUGAUUCUGGACCACGGGGCUUCAGUCACAGACACUCAGCUUCAGAUUGCCAAGGACGCUGCUCAGGUCAUCCUCAGCGCCAUCGACGAACAUGACAAGAUUUCUGUGUUAACUGUGGCGGAUACCGUCCGGACUUGCUCACUAGACCAGUGCUAUAAGACCUUCUUGUCUCCAGCCACCAGUGAGACAAAAAGGAAAAUGUCUACCUUUGUUAGCAGCGUGAAGUCUUCAGACAGUCCUACCCAGCACGCAGUGGGAUUCCAAAAGGCAUUUCAGCUGAUUCGAAGCACAAACAAUAACACAAAGUUCCAAGCAAAUACAGACAUGGUCAUCAUUUACCUGUCAGCUGGCAUUACAUCAAAGGACUCUUCGGAAGAAGAUAAAAAAGCGACUCUCCGAGUCAUCAAUGAAGAAAAUAGCUUUCUAAACAACUCCGUAAUGAUUCUCACCUAUGCCCUCAUGAACGAUGGGGUGACUGGUUUGAAAGAGCUGGCUUUUCUGAGGGAUCUAGCUGAACAGAAUUCAGGGAAGUACGGUGUGCCAGACCGGACGGCCUUGCCUGUGAUUAAGGGCAGCAUGAUGGUGCUGAACCAGUUGAGCAACCUGGAGACCACAGUGGGCAGGUUCUACACAAACCUUCCCAACCGGAUGAUUGAUGAAGCCGUCUUCAGCCUCCCCUUCUCUGAUGAGAUGGGAGAUGGUUUGAUAAUGACUGUGAGUAAACCCUGUUAUUUUGGAAACCUACUUCUGGGAAUUGUAGGUGUGGACGUGAAUCUGGCUUACAUUCUUGAAGACGUGACGUAUUACCAAGACUCUUUGGCUUCCUAUACUUUUCUCAUAGAUGACAAAGGAUAUACACUUAUGCACCCAUCUCUUACCAGGCCAUAUUUAUUGUCAGAGCCCCCACUUCAUACUGACAUCAUACAUUAUGAAAAUAUUCCAAAAUUUGAAUUAGUUCGGCAAAAUAUCCUAAGCCUCCCUCUGGGCAGCCAGAUUAUCGCAGUCCCUGUGAACUCAUCCCUGUCUUGGCACAUAAAUAAGCUGAGAGAAACUGGAAAGGAAGCCUACAAUGUUAGCUAUGCCUGGAAGAUGGUACAAGACACUUCCUUUAUUCUGUGUAUUGUGGUGAUACAACCAGAAAUACCUGUGAAACAACUGAAGAACCUCAACACUGUUCCCAGCAGCAAGCUGCUGUACCACCGGCUGGAUCUCCUGGGCCAGCCCAGUGCUUGCCUCCACUUCAAACAGCUGGCAACCCUAGAAAGUCCCACCGUCAUGCUGUCUGCUGGCAGCUUUUCCUCCCCCUAUGAGCAUCUCAGCCAGCCAGAGACAAAGCGCAUGGUAGAGCACUACACCGCCUAUCUCAGCGACAACACCCGCCUCAUUGCUAACCCGGGCCUGAAAUUCUCUGUCAGAAAUGAAGUAAUGGCUACCAGCCACGUCACAGAUGAAUGGAUGACACAAAUGGAAAUGAGUAGCCUGAACACUUACAUUGUCCGCCGUUACAUAGCAACGCCCAAUGGCGUCCUCAGAAUUUAUCCUGGUUCCCUCAUGGACAAAGCAUUUGAUCCCACUAGGAGACAAUGGUAUCUCCAUGCAGUAGCUAAUCCAGGGUUGAUUUCUUUGACUGGUCCUUACUUAGAUGUUGGAGGAGCUGGUUAUGUUGUGACAAUCAGUCACACAAUUCAUUCAUCCAGUACACAGCUGUCUUCUGGGCACACUGUGGCUGUGAUGGGCAUUGACUUCACACUCAGGUACUUCUACAAAGUUCUGAUGGACCUAUUACCAGUGUGUAACCAAGAUGGUGGCAACAAAAUAAGGUGCUUCAUAAUGGAGGACAGGGGUUAUCUGGUGGCGCACCCGACUCUCAUCGACCCCAAAGGACAUGCACCUGUGGAGCAGCAGCACAUCACCCACAAGGAGCCCCUGGUAGCAAAUGAUAUCCUCAACCACCCCAACUUUGUAAAGAAAAACCUGUGCAACAGCUUCAGUGACAGAACGGUCCAGAGGUUUUAUAAAUUCAACACCAGCCUUGCGGGGGAUUUGACGAACCUUGUGCAUGGCAGCCACUGUUCCAAAUACAGAUUAGCAAGGAUCCCAGGAACCAACGCGUUUGUUGGCAUUGUCAAUGAAACCUGCGACUCUCUUGCCUUCUGUGCCUGCAGCAUGGUGGACCGACUCUGUCUCAACUGUCACCGAAUGGAACAAAAUGAAUGUGAAUGUCCUUGUGAGUGCCCUCUAGAGGUCAAUGAGUGCACUGGCAACCUCACCAAUGCAGAGAACCGAAACCCAAGCUGCGAGGUCCACCAGGAGCCGGUGACAUACACAGCUAUUGAUCCUGGCCUGCAAGAUGCUCUUCACCAGUGUGUCAACAGCAGGUGCAGUCAGAGGCUGGAAAGUGGGGACUGUUUUGGGGUGCUGGAUUGUGAAUGGUGCAUGGUGGACAGUGAUGGAAAGACUCACCUGGACAAAUCCUACUGUGCCCCCCAGAAAGAAUGCUUCGGGGGGAUUGUGGGAGCCAAAAGUCCCUACGUUGAUGACAUGGGAGCAAUAGGUGAUGAGGUGAUCACAUUAAACAUGAUUAAAAGCGCCCCUGUGGGUCCUGUGGCUGGAGGGAUCAUGGGAUGCAUCAUGGUCUUGGUCCUGGCGGUGUACGCCUACCGCCACCAGAUUCAUCGCCGGAGCCAUCAGCAUAUGUCUCCUCUUGCUGCCCAAGAAAUGUCAGUGCGUAUGUCCAACCUGGAGAAUGACAGAGAUGAAAGGGACGACGACAGCCACGAAGACAGAGGCAUCAUCAGCAACACUCGGUUUAUAGCUGCGGUCAUCGAACGACAUGCACACAGUCCAGAAAGAAGGCGCCGCUACUGGGGUCGAUCAGGAACAGAAAGUGAUCAUGGUUACAGCACCAUGAGCCCACAGGAGGACAGUGAAAAUCCUCCAUGCAACAAUGACCCCUUGUCAGCUGGGGUCGAUGUGGGAAACCAUGAUGAGGACUUAGACCUGGAUACCCCCCCUCAGACUGCUGCCCUACUAAGUCACAAGUUCCACCACUACCGGUCACACCACCCUACACUUCAUCAUAGCCACCACUUACAGGCGGCUGUCACGGUACACACUGUCGAUGCAGAAUGCUAACAAUCUCCUCACCUCCACUCCAAGACGAGAUCUGGGAGCUACAGAAUGUUCUGGAAAGAAAAAGAACCAGCUUAAAACCCACAGCAAGAGACCUCCCUUGUGUUUGUGCUUUGUGCAGAGUUGUUUGAGUCAUUUCCUCCUGCCUGUCGACAUGGUUAAAAACAAGAGAAACAACAACACAGUCACAUUUGUGAAGACCUGAGGCUGGUUCUGAAAUGGAGGGGAAAUAAGCCUGAUGAACGAACCUGCCAUAACACUAAUGGAAGGGAACAGAAGGCAAACCUCCAAACACAGACGGAACCUGCAAGUGAAGCUGAGCCAGAGGAAUGUUCCGAAGAGCCAGAAGCAUUCAGCUCUCCUUAACUGGAAGAGAGAAAAAUCUGCUCACCCAGAGACUGGAAUGUGGCACAUGCAGAUACAAAUGUGUGCAUUGAAGAUUUCGCUUUGUUUCUUAGCGGUACCUGGAUACCACAGUUGCUGUAUGGAGCUCAUGUUAUGCUCUAAACGAUGCAUCUCAAAAUUUCUAAGUAAAGGAUUAUUUUUCUACUAUUUAUUGAACUUUCAAACAUUCUCAAACUUUGGGGAAAAGGAAAGGAAACACAGGAGAAGUUUUCAGCAGUUGCCCCGAGCUGUUUUGUGUGUAAUGAAGUGGUUCUUUGAUUAAGGAGCUCUAUUUCUUAUUUAACUGAUAUCCCACUGCCCCACUCCACAAAAUAGGAAAAUGAAGAAAUCUUUCUCUCUGACUUGUUUACAUCAUUUCACGGAAACACAUCUUUAUUUGUAAUGCAGUAUUCUUUCUCUGUGUUUAACAGAGAUGGGGAGGGGCAGAGGAAUCUAAAAGGUUUUAAAAGAAAUGUUAUGUUUCUUAUGACUUGUUUCCACUCCUCGUACAAUGCUAUUCUUAGGUUUCUUCGAAACCUAAUGUUAGAACCACAUCCUUUCAGCUAAGGGAGGGUUGGAUUUAUUUUCCUUGUUUUAGAGACUACAAAUUUUUAAAUGUCCCAUUUUGACUGAGAAUAUUGACAUAUAAGGGAAGAAGUUUUCUAAAUUGUGAAAGUCUGGUUCUUAAUUAAAGAAUUUUUUUUUUUAAUAUCAUGGUUAAAAGCUGCUGCCAGUUAGCCAAGACAUUAUCCACCAAAUUGCUUUGUGAUUUAUACAGGGAUUAAUCAAAUCUGGCUACUAUAACAUGGGGCAUUGUAACUUUAAAGUAGUGUUUUAAUUACAGUGAUGUAUUUUAGACUCACAUUUUGUGAUUCAAAUAUGUUAUAAAGACAUUCUUGCACUGUGGUAAAGAAUGUGUGUGGUAAAUCUCCGUUUAUAUGUAGUUGGAAAAAAUUCACUGAAUAAUGUUUUAAUGAUAGGGUAUUAUGAUACAGUGUAAAAAAACAAUUGGUUCUUCAGCAGUACAGAAAGUAAACUAUAUAUGUGCUAUCAGGAAACCCCUUCAUACUGUGUAUAAAAUUGCAAUCUAGUGAAAUAAACUGUAUGCAACA